AUUCAGUGGCCAGAGACCCGAUCAAAAACUUAACCUACAAAUUACAAAUUAAGAUAACCUCAAAUUUGGAACUGCUGACUUGGAGUUAGUUUAUUUGAAUCAAAUAAUAAUCUAUUCAAAUUAAUUUUAAUAUGUCGGCGAUUUUCAACUUCCAAAGUCUCCUAACAGUUGUUUUGCUGUUGAUUUGUACGUGCGCCUAUAUCCGAUCAAUGUUUCCCAGUCUUCUGGAUAGGAAUAAAGUUGGGCUUUUGGGAACCUUCUGGAAAUGCGCAAGGAUUGGUGAGAGAAAAAGUCCUUUUGUGGCAGUCUUCUGCAUAAUGAUGGCCGCCCGCAUCCUCUUCAUAUCGUGAUAAUUAUGUUAAAAAAACUGUUGUGAAAUUAUUAUUUCUGUACAUUAAGGCUGUGCAAAGGCUAAAAUUAAACUUUCUACUCGUGAUAUUUUUCAAAGUUUUUCGAUUUGUAUAUCAUUAGGCUAUCAAACUGAAAAAGUUUUCUCAGGAAAACAUUUUUUCUGAUCAUUACUUUUUGAAAUAUGAGCGCCUGAAGUUUGAAUUUUUGGGACAGAACUUUUCAAAUUCGGUAAGAUAUAAAUCCAUGAGAUUUAAAGGAUAGAUUCUUCGUGGUAUUGUUGAUCUAGUAAAACAAAAAUUCUCUGAAAAUAUCAAUUUUUGAAAAAGUUAUUCAAUUUACCAAAAAUAACUUAACUAAGUGCCGGUUGCACAAAAGCCAGUUAAAUGUUAAUCGUGAUUAAUUCCUCGAGAACCAAUGAGAGAAGACCUUCAAAUCAAAAAGGCCUUCUCUGAAUGGUUCUCGUGAAAUUAAUCACGGUUUAAAUUUAACCGGCUUUUGUGCAACCGGUCCUAAAAGUUAUUUUUGGUUAUUUUUAAUAAAUUGGAUAACUAUAAUAAAAAUUAAUAUUUUCAGAGAAUUUUGUUUUACUAGUUCAACAAUACCAUGAAGAAUCUAUCCUCCAAAUCUCAUGGAUUUAUCACUUACCAAAUUUGAAAUGUUCUGUCCCAAAAAUUUAAACUUUAGGCGCUCAUAUCUCAAAAAGUAAUGAUCGGAAAAAAUCUUUUCUUGAGAAAUCUUUUUCACUUUGAUAGCUUAAUGAUAUACAAAUCGAUAAACUUUGAAAAAUAUCACGAGUAGAAACUUUAUUUUUAGCCUUUGCACACCCUUAAUACUAUGUGAAGUAUUCUGUCAGUUCAUUAGACUAUUAUGAAUGUCAUAUAACGUUUUUUACUGAUAUCUAUUAAAAUAGUGUUGAAAUUACUUUCUUUAUUCAAAUGAAUAGGCGAACAAAUAAAUCCCAUAUAACGUU